AUGCGUAAGAAAAAUGUCACUGAAUUUCCGGUCAAAUGGUUUUGUGCACCACAGGAUUUAGAUUAUUGCUAUUAUUUACCAAUAUUUGUGGAUGGAUUAUCUGACAGUGACAUAGAAAUACGUCAAUUGGCCCAAUAUGGUGCAAUGGAUAUGAUUGUAAAGGCUCCACAUAAGGUUUUACCGGUAUUACCGAAAAUGAUUUUACCUUUUAAACGAGCAUUCAAUACCCGGGACAAGAAAAUUAUUAUUGCAGCUCUGAAAGUAUUGCAAAUGAUGGUGUUGAUGGCACCUUGUGUGGGUCAGGCUUUGGUACCCUACUAUCGCCAGUUGUUGGCCGUUUGUAAUGUGUAUAAAAAUUUAAAUGUGAAUUUAGGAAAUUUCAUUGAUCCAGAUCGUGAACGACGCAUUGCUGAUGUUAUUGAGGAUACUUUGAAUGCAUUGGAAAAAUGUGGUGGUCCGAAUGCUUUUAUCAAUAUUAAGUAUAUGAUACCAACAUAUGAGAGUUGUGUUUAUCCCCUCUGUGAAUUUGGUGGAGAUAAUGCUACAGCUGAAAAUAACCAU